UACCAAGAAGCUUGGUAGAAACAACUGGUGUUGCUAGACAAAUACCUCUUAACUUCACUGAGGAAGAAAUAAAAGAAAAUAUCAUUUCAGAUAUUCCUGUUACAGCUAUCUCAAGAAUUACCAGAAGAGAUCCCAAUGACAAAGAGAAGUUCAUUCCAACUCUCUCUGUGAAAAUAAGUUUUGAAGGCAACGAACUACCAGAAACCAUAGACAUUUUUUGCGUAAAAAUCAAAAUGGUUCACUACAUUCCUAGAGUUAGGCAUUGUUACAACUGCGGCAGACUAGGGCACACAAAAAUGGCCUGCAGAGCAGCCAACAGAUGCAUUAUCUGUGGCAAGGCAGAGGGCUGUAGUAGUAAAUGCAAUGAAACCACAAAUUCGUGCAUACUAUGCGGAGGGGAUAAUCACAAUUCACUCGAGAGCAGGAAAUGUUCUAAAUGGGCCAGAGAAAAACAGGUGGUCGAAAUUAUGACAAUAAAAAAAGUAUCUAAGUCUGAGGCGAUUGGGAUGUACAAUUUAAACAAUAAUAACCGUUUCUCAGCUCUAGAAAACUAUGAGGGAAAUUUUCCACAGUUAGAAGCAAAAAGUACAGCAAGGAUCAACAAUGAUGAAACACUACACCUAACCAUUCCAAAAUCUUGCCGAAAGCUACAACCAAAACACAACCCGUCUAUGAAAUGCCGAAUUGGUCUAAGGUCACAGAGAUUGAAAAGCUUGUAA